CGGAAUCUGGUGAUUUCCCUUAUGUUCUAACUUUAAGGUCACUGGCCGUCUUUGCUAACAUUUGUGCAAGUGAAUGAAAACGUAUUGUGCAGAAAGACAGAAAGUCGCCCAUUAUGAGUUUAAUACAGCGCCUUCGCCGUCAGUUUGUGGUUCCAUUUAGUGAAAUGAUGAAGCACUUUCGUCAUAACUACGAAACUGACGGCGGAUACUUUCAACGUUUCCGCGGCGUUUUUAUCCAAAUGAGCAGAAUGAAUGAAAUCAAAUACGGAACUCACGUUGGAACUGACGAGCUGGGGAACAAAUAUUACGAAAACAACAGAUAUUUCGUUGGACGCAAUCGUUGGGUCGACUUUAACAAAGACACCUGGAAAAACAAGUGGGAUUUCAAUGCAAGCCAAAUCACCCCUGAAUGGCAUCGUUGGUUGCAUUACAUGACUGAUGACACGCCUACAGUUAAACCGCCAACACAAAGAAAGUUCCUGCUUACCCACACAAGAAACCUGACUGGGACUAAGGAUUGCUAUGUUCCUUAUUCGACAACAAAACCCAAAAUCGAAGCAUGGAAACCUGAAUAAAAUAAACAAUAGUUUAAAAACAGUAGAUACUUAUGUGUUUGAUUGUAAUUUAUUAUUGGUUAACGAUUCUACUCAACUCGUACAAUGCGUAUUGUUUCAUUGGUGUCAUUUUUGGAUUCAAAAUUAGGAGUAUUGAAGUAAAAAUAGAAUAUUGUUUAAAUUAAAAGUAUUGGGUGCAUAUGCCAAUUACAUUGAAAUUUCCAAAUCAAUUGAUUUAAAGUUCAAACGUUUUUUUUGUCUAGCUUAUGCAUACAUUGAUAUAAAAUUUUGUUUAAAACAUCUAG